AUGUAAAAUAAUAUCAAUAAUAACAAUAAUAAUCUUAACUUUGAAUUUAGUAAGGAUACUAACAAUCUCAAUAAGAAAUUGUAAGGAUUUUAUAGAUAAAAAGAUCAAAAAUUUGACCAUUUCUUUGAUGAGCUGACUACAGAAUACAAAUUAUUUAAAAAAUUGACGCAUGAAUGUUAAAUGGGUUGUUUUGGCACUGCAGAUUUCAAUCGAAAAUAAUCUGAUGCUUGCGCCAGAUAAUGUUUAGAUCCAUAUUUAUAUAUUAGAAAAUCGAUAGGAGAUAAAAUAGGAUAAUGUGAUCAUUAAUUUUAAUAAUAAGAAUCAAAAUGCAUGAGCUCGACUGAUAUGGAUUAAUGCUAUUCCAAUUUAGUUAGUUAAUUAGGAGUUUGUCUUUAAUAACAUACCUAAUUUGCUAAAGAUUAGUACAAAAGUGUGUUGUAACAUUUCUUAAAAAAAUGA